AUGAACGGACUGCGACUGAAUCUACCGGACACGUCUCUGAUGGACAUGGAGAGGGUUUUGGACCAUGCAUCGGCGAUGCAUGUGUCUUCGGAGUCACUACUAUCCCAUGCCGUUUUGAGUGGAAAGAUGGUGCAGUCGCCAAUCAAUCACAAUAACAAGGGAGAGUGUGAUCCGCAUGGUCGGCCAGUAGAGAAGCUGCAGUAUAGUACAAGUAACGAGGUGAGCAGCACGCCAACGACUACUGGUAGCCCGUCAGGAGACGGCCAGACCAAUCUAGCAAUCUCGGUCAAUGAUGAUGAUAAACAGGUGAAACAGAAGCGUCACCGGACAAGAUUUACACCUGCGCAGUUGAACGAACUGGAAAGGAACUUUGCCAAGACUCAUUACCCAGACAUCUUUAUGAGAGAAGAAAUUGCCAUGCGCGUUGGCCUCACUGAGUCACGUGUUCAGGUCUGGUUUCAAAAUCGCCGCGCAAAGUGGAAGAAGCGCAAGAAGACCACCAAUGUGUUCCGGUCUCCAGGCUCUCUACUACCCUCACAUGGUUUACCGCAGUUCCCUUCAGCCAUGGGGGCAGAAUCGUUCUGUAACUUCCACAGUAACGUGGAUUCGCGAGGAUGGCCGACAUCGAUGCAAAUGUCUCAGAUGGGAGGGGCACCCCCAUCAUUGACCCUACCUCCGACAUUACCUCGUCAGGGCCUUGGCCAGUCCUUAUCUCAGAUGGGUGGCAUGGGAGGAUCUAACGGCAUCGGACAGUCGGCUGCUUCAAACCUGCAAAAUCUCACUGGUGGGCUGUCUAUGUCAGGUAACAACCCAAUGCAAUCCAUGUACCAGCCCAAUUUCGGAGGGGUCGCUACGGCGUCGUCGGCCGGCGGAGUCAUGCCGAGCUCACCGACUGGCAACACCAACGUCUCGGCCGGGGAUUUCUCGUGCUCAGCGGUGAUGAGUGACGGUGGAGAUAUGUGGAGAGGGACAAGCAUCGCUUCCCUUCGGCGGCGAGCCUUGGAACACACAGCAACCAUCAACGGCAUUUUUAGAUGACUAUUGACAUUAGUCCCUUCUUCAUCAUUAGAAAUUAGAGUGAACAGACGUUUAAAAAACUGUAGAACACUGUGAUUGGAUCGAUUGCGUGUACACGGGUUAGAGUGUGGGUCCCUCGUCAUACGGAUAUCCACAUUAUCUUGAAAUAAGAUCAACUUACACGUAUCUUGCCUGAUGCAGGAGAUUCAGUGGUAUAGAGAGAGACAAAUGCAAUCACGUUUACCAUCUUCAGAUGGUUCGGACGAUUCAAGCUACAACAGAGUGGGCUAUAGAUUCAAGGUUAUUCAGUAAAACUUACAACAAUUUAAACACAAUAAUACUCUAUGUAUAGUGUCUCAUAAAUCUCGCCUGCGCUUGACAAUAUUUUGACAAUAUUUUGCCAUUUAAAGGGUGUGCAACACACUGAUAAAGAUAAAACAUUGAUGUUUUACUUGAAACAUAUUCUUCUCUUUUGCUUGUUACUGUAUAGUUUUUGAGAUAUUUGGAAAACAACUAGUUUCCAUCCCCGCAGGUCCAUGUUUGAAAACAGUUAUGGUUUUUGUUUCUGUGUCCCCUUUUCACUGAGCUUAAACUUUCGCAGGUUCGUUAUUUCAUAAUCAUUUCCAUUAUCCAUGGAGCAUCGUAUAUAGUCAAGUUUGCACCUGGGCAUGGUUGGCUUGUGCGUAAAGCGCUCGCCUCUCACCAAAGUGACCCCGGUUCGAUUCCCGGUCAUGGUGA